AUGCCGUCGCGGUGGCGCCGACGCGGCGACCUCGCCGUCGCGGCUGCGCUGCUGGCGACGGUGGCCCUGGCGGCCGUGGGAGCGGCCGGGGCCGACGGCGGCGCGGAGUUCGAUUACCGGAAGCUCUCGGGGAUAAUCAUCCCGGGGUACGCGUCCACGCAGCUGCGCGCGUGGUCGGUCCUCGAUUGCCCCUACUCGCCCUUCGACUUCAACCCCCUCGACUCCGUCUGGCUCGACACUGCCAAGCUUUUCUCCGCGGUAAAUUGCUGGCUUAAAUGCAUGCUGCUUGAACCCUAUAAUCAGACAGACCAUCCGGAAUGCAAGUCAAGGCCUGAUAGUGGUCUUUCUGCAAUUACAGAGUUGGACCCUGGUUAUAUAACAGGUCCUCUCUCUUCAGUAUGGAAAGAAUGGGUCAAAUGGUGUGUAGAGUUUGGCAUUGAAGCUAAUGCAAUUAUCGCUGUUCCGUAUGAUUGGAGACUGCCCCCAUCAAUGCUUGAGGAGCGAGAUCUGUAUUUUCACAAAUUAAAGUUAACUUUUGAAAUUGCUUUGAAACUCCGAGGAGGGCCAUCUUUGGUAUUUGCUCAUUCGAUGGGAAAUAAUGUGUUUCGCUACUUUUUGGAAUGGUUGAAACUGGAAAUUGCUCCCAAGCACUAUAUCCAGUGGCUUGAUGAACAUAUACAUGCAUACUUUGCAGUUGGCGCUCCUCUUCUUGGAUCUACUGAAGCAGUUAGAGGUGCUCUUUCUGGAACAACUUUUGGUCUUCCAGUCAGUGAGGGCACAGCACGAUUGAUGUUUAAUGCAUUUGGUUCUUCUCUAUGGCUUUUGCCAUUCUCAAAACACUGCAAAGCUGAUAAUAUCUACUGGAAGCAUUUUUUUGAGGGAAAGGGAGAUAUGGGGGCAUACCCAUCCAUCAUGGAUAUAACCGAGAACAUAACAUCCAUUAUGGAGUAUGGAAAGCCAACUCUCCUGUCAUUUUCUGCCAGAGAAGUGUCAGAUGGUACUUUGUUCAGAACAAUAGAGGAUUAUGACCCUCAGAGCAAGGCACUUGUUUAUCAGCUUGAGAAGUAUUAUCAGGGUGAUCCAGUUCUGAACCCUCUAACACCCUGGGAGAGACCCCCAAUAAAGAAUGUAUUUUGCAUUUACGGGAUUGAUUCAAAGACUGAGGUAGGCUAUUACUUUGCCCCAAGUGGCAAACCAUAUCCAGACAACUGGAUAAUAACUGAUAUUAUUUAUGAGUUUAAAGGUUCCCUACUUUCAAGAUCAGGUAAUUCUGUUUCGGGAAAGCCUAACAAUUCCAGUGGUGAUGGAACAGUAUCCUACAACUCCCUCUCAUGGUGCAAGAACUGGCUUGGAGCAAAAGUGAACAUAACGAGGGCUCCACAGGCAGAACAUGAUGGAUCUGAUCUGCAAACAGCCAUGAAUAUCGAUCGCCAUCAUGGCCAUGAUAUACUACCAAACAUGACAAGGGCUCCGCAUGUGAAGUACAUAACCUACUAUGAGGAUGCUGAAAGUCUUCCGGGAUGGAGAACAGCAGUUUGGGAGCUUGAUAAAGCAAAUCACAGGAAUAUUGUUAGGACGCCAGUACUAAUGCGUGAGUUAUGGCUUGAAAUGUGGCACGACAUGCAUCCCGAUUCAAAAUCAAAAUUCGUGACGAAAGCUUUUCGAGGUCCGCUAAGAAAUGAAGACUGCCACUGGGACUAUGGAAAGGCUCGAUGUGGCUUUCCAGAACACUGUGAAUACAGAUGCUGUGAGCUGAAUAAUAUUGUGGUUGCUCAUAUGGGAAUGAUAUUUGAUUUCCCAUUUUGA